ACAUCGCGCGCUUUAUGCUCACACCGUGGCUUACGCUUGCGGCCGUCCGGAAGUCACCGGUCUGAAUGGGUCUUGGAGCCGGUUGCUGCCGCUCCUCCCUGUGGACUUAACACCGGGCAACUCUGGAUCUCUGAUCUUGCCAGCUGCCAGAUUCAUGUGGAGGCUCCCAGGCCGCGCCGCGCUUCGUGGAGUCCGGUGGGUAGUGGAGCGGCGCAACCGGGCCGAAGCGGCGACUCACGAGGCGGCGCGCGCCAUGGAGCGCGCGGUGGUGCGCUGUGUGCCCUCGGAGCCCAAGCUCAGCCUGUCUUUUGCGUUGGCCGACGGCAGCCACAAAAACAUGCAGCGGGACCAGAGCGAGCCUCUGGGCCGAGCCCUCAGCCGGAUCGCUACCAACGCCCUUAAGGGACACGCUAAGGGAGCGGCUGCCAAGAAGAGCAAGAAGAACCGAGCCCAUUCUAGCGGUGGCGCGGCCUGUGCGACGACAGGGCCUGAACCGGCUGCGACCUGCGAGCCGGUAGUGAAGCUGUACUACCGGGAGGAGGCGGUGGCUGAGGAUGUGCUCAACGUGGACGCCUGGCAGGACGGAGCGGUGCUGCAGAUCGGCGAUGUCAAGUACAAGGUGGAGCGCAACCCGCCUGCCUUCACGGAACUGCAGUUGCCGCGCUACAUUAUGGCUGGUUUCCCAGUGUGCCCCAAACUCGGUCUGGAAUUUGGGGAUCCCUCCAGCUCCGUGUUCCGCUGGUACAAGGAAGUCAAACCCGGGGCGGCAGAACCUGGGGACAACCGUCUCGCGUCAUCGUCUCACUGUUUGCAGUCUUCAGCUUGGAUCGAGACGGGCGUGAACGAGCGCGUAUAUACCCCGUGCAAUGCUGACAUCGGGCUACGGCUCAAGCUUCACUGCACGCCGGGCAAUGGGCAGCGCUUCGGGCCAAGCCGCGAGCUAGAAAGCGUGUGUCCGGUGGAAGCCGGGCCUGGCACCUGCACUUUUGACCAUCGACAUCUGUACACCAAGAAGGUGACAGAGGACUCUUUCAUCCGCACUGUCUCCUACAACAUCCUGGCAGACACAUACGCCCAGACUGAGUUUUCUCGGACAGUCCUGUACCCGUACUGUGCCCCCUACGCCCUGGAGCUUGACUACCGCCAGAACCUUAUACAGAAGGAGCUCACAGGCUACAACGCUGACCUCAUCUGUUUGCAGGAGGUGGACCGUGCAGUCUUCUCUGACAGCUUGGUACCGGCCCUGGAGGCCUUCGGACUGGAGGGAGUGUUCCGAAUCAAGCAGCACGAAGGCCUGGCCACUUUCUACCGGAAGUCGAAGUUCAGACUCCUUAGCCAACAUGACAUUUCUUUUCAAGAAGCCCUGAAGUCGGACCCACUGCACAAAGAAUUACUAGAGAAACUGGCUUUGAACCCAUUAGCACAGGAGAAGAUACUCCAGAGAUCAUCUGUCCUUCAGAUUUCAGUUCUUCAGUCUACAAUGGACUCUUCUAAAAAGAUAUGUGUUGCGAAUACCCAUCUCUACUGGCACCCAAAAGGUGGCUACAUUCGUCUCAUUCAAAUGGCAGUAGCCUUGGUUCACAUUAGACACGUCUCAUGUGAUCUAUAUCCUGGCAUACCAGUUAUAUUUUGUGGAGACUUUAACAGUACACCAUCAACAGGAAUGUAUCAUUUUGUCAUCAAUGGCAGCAUUCCAGAGGAUCAUGAAGAUUGGACUUCCAAUGGAGAAGAAGAGAGAUGCAACAUGUCUCUCACACACUGUUUCAAACUGAAAAGUGCUUGUGGUGAACCUGCUUACACAAAUUAUGUUGGCGGCUUUCAUGGAUGUCUAGAUUACAUUUUCAUUGACUUAAAUGCUUUAGAGGUUGAACAGGUGAUCCCAUUACCUAGUCAUGAAGAAGUUACCACCCACCAGGCCUUACCUAGUGUUUCUCAUCCUUCUGAUCACAUAGCACUUGUAUGUGACUUAAGAUGGAAAUAGAUUUUGCUUCACUAACUCUGAAAGGAAGCUAGGUACUUUAAAGAAAAUGUAAUAAGAAACAAAGCUUAUAUCUGAACCUUCAAUGAGUCAAUCUAGACACUAAACUUAAUGGUCAUUCCCUACUAGUUAAGUUCCAGAUGGCUUUGUUACAGAACCAAUUCAUAAUGUUUGCAUCAUAUCUUUAUCCACUUUUUUUAAUUCCCUACAUUUGGAGGAAAACAUAUUUAUGACUAGCAAGAAGAAAAUUGAAUUAUUGUGUACGUUUUAUAAGUUUUUUAAGCUGAUAAUUAAGAUUUUUAAGUACUCUUUGAAUAAUCUCAAUUUUUCUUUCAAAGCACAUUUUACACUGAAUUAUGUUAAUAUAAUUGGGGGAGGGGACAUGCAGGUAAAACGUGAGAGACUUCAGAGACACAUGGAAUACAUUAGUCUGUCACUACCUCAAUUUGGUUAGAAUUUAUUAUAAUUUUGGAGUUUUAACAAAAGAUUAAAAUAUACCAUUACCAAUUCUCACAGCUUCUUCGUUUUUUAGUUAGCCAGGUAUUUCCCUCUAGCAUUGUUUGUCAGUGUACAAAUGACAGUACCAUUCAUCUAAUUUGUCCUCUCACUUGCAGUUCAGCUCAUUUUAAUAGUAGGAUGCAAGCACAAUAGAGUGUUCAAAGGGACCGGGAACAUGACUUGAUCCCUUGCCUUCACUCUUACUCAAAUAAAAUAUUUGUAAGUACACAGGGUACUUGACCAUGAUGAUAUGAAAGAAUACAGCACAAUUACGAGAAACUCCUGAUAGAAGCUUCAGAAUGGAGAUGAACCAUUGAGCAUUUCUAAGCUAGAAGUGUUUUUGAAACUGUCAGUUUUAUAAAUAGGAAAAAGGGAAGCAGGCAUGGUGCUUUAUAGCUGUAAUCCUAGCACUCAAGCAGAACUGCUUUGAGGUCAGUCCUGGUCUGGGUUACACAGUUCAAGGCCAGCUUGGGCUACAUACAUAGGAAAAAAGGGGAACAGUUGACUUGUCAAUAUCUGAAAUAAGCUUUUUAUAGAUGUAAGCUGUCAAUAUCUGAAAUAAACUUUUUAUAGAUGUAAGCAUUAUAGCUCGAGGAACAGAACAGUGCCACAUAAUUUAUAUGUAAAGAAAAUUUUAAAAUGAAGCCAACAUUUUAAGAUGAGAAAUUCCAAGUUGUGUUUUGAUUAGUAUCUAGUUUAUAUACUUUUACCACAUUUGUUCUCACCAUACCUUCUUGGUAAUGCUUUAGCUAUUGCUUUGUGAUGUUCAGGUUUAACUGUAGCAUAAGCAUAGCUUUCUGCGGUUAGUUUCUGGCUUAGAUAGUAAAGGCCUCUCACCUCAAGAAGUCGUCUUAUUUUCCAGGCUUGAAACCCAUAUUUCAGAAUUUUUAAUCUGUAAAUCCAGUACCAUAUGAACUCUGCUCUUUUGAAAAUGUGGGGCUUUUUCCCAUAUUCUAAUGUGGUGUGUGCUUUCAUAUUCUGCUAUGAUACUCUUAGGUUAGCAAGUCUGAGAAUAUAAGCAUUUGAUUUGCA